CAUGUAAUCAACACCUCCAUUUUCCAACAAUCAUUCAAAUCCUCUCUUAAUGAAAGAUGAUGUCGGAAAGGCCAAGCCAUCUACAUAUAACCUCCCCAAUUAAGAUUUCAUUUAUGGAUAACCAUUAUCAAGAGACAAAGAAGGAGCCAAAGAAGGUAUUUAUAAUCAUCGCAAUUAACUCAGUUACAAUGACUUGGAAAUUUCAUCAGGAAUCUCAAGAUAAAGUACCCAAUCGAGAUUUUGCUGAACUCAAUAAAUAAUCUAUACACAAUGGCUCAGUCAAAGCACAUGUAACUGAUUUAUUCAUUACUCAAACAGGAUAUGUAUAAGUAUAGAUAAACUCAUGAUGCCAGACUUAAAAUAAAGAAAGGUACUAAUAUUUCAGCUAUCGAAUUACCAGAAGAAGAAUUUCGCUAUGGUCGUAAAAAUAGGUAAUUUACUACUUCUAAUUAAGACCAUCAACACCCAUGAAAUUAGUUAUGGGCAAUUCAUAUGGUAUAGAUGCAGAAUCAAUCACGUUGGAUAAAUAUCAAUAAAGAGCUGGAUCAUAAGUAUAUUCAUUAUGCUAUAAAUUUUUUUUAGGAUUCUAAAUUAACUACUUCAAUGGUCAAAGGAAACAAAGCAUCUUAAUUAUUUUAUGAUACCAAUCACAAAAAGUUAGCUGCCAUUUAAGGAGUAGAAAAGAAGGAACCUUUUAAAAUGGAAAAAUUCAAAUCUGUCAAUCCUAAAAUUAAUUCCAAUUUAUCAACUAAAAAAUGA